UGCGAUUUUUGCGGAUUAAAAUUCAAACGGAAGGCACACCUAAAUCUGCAUCGCAACAAGCACACAAAGGAAAAACAGUAUGUAUGUCAGAGCUUUGAUCAGCGUAAAAGUAGAAUCAUCGCAUGAAGUAAGGGAAGAAAUUAAAAUCGAAGAACAGAACUGGUCAGAAAUGGUUAAAGAGGAAACACGUUCCGGAAGCAAUCAACAUAUACUGAUGCAAGAGUCAAAGGCCCUUAAAACCAAGAAGCAUAACUGUGGCAUUUGUUCGAAAUCAUUUUUAAGUAAAUCGAACUUGAACAGUCAUUUGACUACGCAUUCAGAAGAUCGUCCUUUUCAAUGCGAUUUUUGUGGUCUAAAAUUCAAGCGAAUGGACAGAUUAAAAAUCCAUCGAAACAAGCAUACGAAAGAAAAGCAGUACAACUGUAAAUACUGCAAUAGGGCAUUUUUGUUUUAUUCAAACUUACAUGACCAUUUGAAAAUACACUCGGAAAAUCGCCCGCAUUCAUGUGAAAUGUGCAAUUUGACAUUCAAAAGGAAAGGUUGUCUAAGACAGCAUCUAAAGGCCCAUUCGACUGAAAAAAAAUACCAGUGUAUGAUUUGUAAAAAAACAUUUCUAUUCAAUUCAAAUUUAAAUGAACAUUUGAAAGCACAUUCAGGCAGUCGCAGUUUUCAAUGUGAUAUUUGCGAUUUAUCAUUUAAACGAAAAGUUACGUUAAAUGUUCACCGAAAUACGCAUACAAAGGAAAAAGAAUACUGCUGUAAGAUUUGUAAUAAAAUAUUUGUUUAUCCACAAAGUUUAAAUCAACAUUUGAAAAUGCACUCGGGAAAUGGCGAUUUUGAAUGUGACAUUUGCCAUCUAGUAUUCAGAAGAAAGUGUAACUUAAACACUCACCGAAAUAGGCAUACGAAAGAAAAACAAUACAGUUGUAAUAUUUGCAGUAAGAUCUUCUUCUCACCACCAACGCUAAAACAGCAUUUGGAAACGCAUUCAGAAGAACGUCGGUUUGAAUGCGAAUUUUGCAAUUCAAAGUUCAAAACAAAAGGUAGUUUAAAAACACAUCUAAAUUUACACACCAAGGAAAAGGAGUAUAAAUGUAAUGUAUGUAGUAAAACUUUCUUUAAUUCGAAAAGCUUGCCAGCGCAUUUGGUCACACACUCAGACGAACGACCCUUUGAAUGCAAUAUUUGUAGUAAAACAUUCAAACUGAAAGAUAAAUUACGAAAACACUGUCGUGCUGUGCAUUGUACAGAGGAUGUUUAAAUUCGCCCAACUAAUAAGUAAUGGAAUUUCACAUUUAGUUUUGUAGCAGUUUUGUGUAUCACAGACUUGUAAGUUAUGCGCCGUUUUACUUAAUUACCUAGUUAUUUAUCAACCUGUUUAGAAUGUAACUUUAUGCACAGUGUUAGAUCUAUAAAAUGUAGUUCUCCUUGUAUAGUUGUAGUUAAUUAUUAUACAGUGUGGCCCGUAAACACGAUCAAACGAGUUCUACGACAUUCUUUGGCUCAAAACGACCAUCUGAUCUAACUUUUCUUAAUAAAAAAUGCCUGUCUCCUCUGCUGGUCAAGCAGACACCCAUAAAAUUUGCAAUGCAAAUGUUCGGAACCAGCAACAUUAAAACAACAUCUGGAGAAAGAAAGGAAAACUUCAGAAUCCAUCUGAAAGCGCAUACAGAAAAAGAGUACAAGUAAGAAAUUUGAGAAAAUAUAUACUUUAAUUGCAUAAA